ACCCUCUCUUUCUCCUUUCUCGUGUUCAUCUGCCACUUACAGGGACCCUUAACUGAGCGGCGUGCGCAGAAUAUUAGUGGUGUUCUCACAUUCUUUUUCUUCUGGGGUCUCUUCUUCUUCUCUCUCCUCCGAGUUCCCCGCAACAACGCAGCAGCCGCAGCACACGCCAACGACAAACCAGCCUUUUUCAACUGAAAUCACCAGAAUCUGAUAUUCGCCACUCAAAACGCGGAAUUAUGGCGUCUCAGGCGCAGUUGAGGAAGCAGCAGGAAUUGCAAACUACAUAUCAAAACUACAAGAACACAUUACAGACGAUUGCGUCAAAGAUUGGGGACAUUGAGCAGGAAGCCGAAGAGCACAAGCUUGUGUUGGAGACGCUGCAGCCAUUGUCUGGAGACCGGAAAUGCUUCCGCAUGAUCAACGGUGUCCUGACUGAGCGGACGGUCAAGGAAGUGGUGCCUAUCUUGCAGACCAACUCGGAUGGGCUAAAGAAGGCGCUAGAAGAGCUAGUCAAGCAGUACAAGCUCAAACAGGAUGAGAUGGAGAAGUGGAAGAAGAAGAACAAUGUCCAGGUUGUCCAACAACCAGGGCAAUAGUUGGGUGUCGAGUCAUACAACACCCCUUUGACAGGGUAGGCGCACGACAUAUGUAUGGAGCCACAUGGGGCAGCGUAGGUAGACGACAGGAGCCAGAAUCGUGUCUAUUGAGAAAGGGGUCGAUGGAUACGGCAUCUCAUCAAGUGUGGUGCUUGCCCCAGAUCGGAGUAUACUAAGACCCCCAUGAUUUGGUCUUGCACAGCAUGUCACAGCAAGGCGGCACAGCCUUGCCACGGCAAUUGUGGCCUGACUGGUAACGGACAGUGUAUAAUAUAACUCCAACAAUUAUACCUCACACAACCCCAAAGGAACCUUGUAUGAGCCAGCUACAGCAGGUCCAGGCACAUCAUUGCAUCAUAAAUGCCCCACCUACGUAUGUGCUUACCAAGUGCAAAAGCUUGAGCGCCGUACCUUUGUACCGGAACUGACAGUUGGCCCGGCACGUGUUCCAAAUACCCGGAGUGAUAUCUGCAUGAUGAGCUGGCCAGUCGGCCCAACUGUUACUGACGCACUGAUCUGCACCAUGUUCCCAUGGUCAUGGACACGUAGCUCAUAGGGUACCGGCAAUUUCUUCCAGAGCAAAAGGACGGUGAACGGCCUCGAGUGGAGUCGCAGGUGGAUGCUGACAACGUCAUUGUCUGAGGGAUUAGUGAAGCCUGAGCAAGGCUGUCUCAGGCAUUCCGUAUGCAGUUGAGCCCAACGAUAACAGCAAUAUUGACGUUGGCAAGACGGACGGGGAUGACGCUGGGACUGGUCUGGACAACACAUGUUCCUGCCAGAAGCGAUGCGGGCUGCAGUGACGAGCUGACGUUCAACUGGUCUGCCGUCCUGCCGCGUGGGAGUCGAUGGACAUGGGCAUUGGUGUGUGCGUGUCGGGUGCAGCGAAUUUCGACAAGUGCUCCAAUAGGAUAAAAUAGCAGGGCGGAGGCGUGGAAGUCUGUGAGGUCUGUAGGGCUGCCGAAUGAGGGCUGCUGACACGACUCGCAUACACAUGUAGGAUCGCCAGCUAGGCCGGGGCAUCAUCUGCAGGACUGUUCAGACGGCAUACCGGUGCUUGUAGCCGAGCAGAGCCGGAUCCGGGACUUGUGGUAAGCAUGUAAGUAAUGGUGCAUCGAUGGCAGAUGUGUGCGUUUUGUUGAGCUGCCGGGCUGUAUGAGUGAGGUGAUGAGU